CUCCUCUGCGUGUUUUCAUAAACAAACCACAUUUUUCUCUCGCCGGGGCCACCGCGCAGUCACCUGUCAGCUUGCCAGCAUUGUCCGGUUCCAGCCCCCGUUUUUAACGAAGGUCUUGGAGCAACUUUGAAAGCUGGUCCAGAUUCAAAAAAGGGACGCGGGGAAACGCUGCAACAACCAGAGGCUCUCCGUGUUUGUCUUUGUUGUCCGAGCCGUCAGCGCGUGGUCGACUGUUGGACCGAGCCGACCUGCCGAGCACAAACCUUGCUCCAAUCGGAUGCUUUCCAGCUAUCAGUCCCAUUGUGCCGCUGUCUAGACUGUGCCGAGCUUCGGUAUUAACAGACAUGGUGAAGCUGACAAAGGCCAAGACAUUCCAGGCAUACCUGGACUCCUGCCACCGUCGCUACAGCUGUGUGCACUGCCGCGCCCAUCUGGCCAACCAUGACGAUCUUAUCUCCAAGUCUUUCCAAGGCAGCCAGGGCCGAGCCUACCUCUUCAACUCUGUGGUGAACGUCGGCUGUGGUCCUGCGGAGGAGAGGCUGCUGCUUACAGGACUUCACGCAGUUGCCGACAUCUACUGUGAAAACUGUCACACCACUUUGGGCUGGAAAUAUGAACAAGCCUUUGAGCUGAGUCAGAAGUACAAGGAGGGGAAGUUUAUCAUCGAGCUGUCCCACAUGAUAAAGGACAACGGCUGGGACUGAGAGGGAAACCUUCGUCUUUCUUCAUGACUUUUUCAAAAGUUGCAUCCCCUUCAACAUAAAAGGGUCCCAGUGUAGCUUCCUCAUCCCGCGUACGAGCCAUCGCUGUGCCACACUUUCACUUCGUACAGCUUUGCCAAGUAUAGCAUGUGAUGCCUUAUCUUCUGUUCUUCAUGUUUUUCCAGCGACCACAACAACACAUUUGCUGAUAUAUCUAUCCCAUUUGCUAGUUGUCCUGGGACAUGGACUGAAUGAGUGUAGGGUUUGUGUGAAAGACUGGGAGAUGUAGUCACACAGGCAUGUGUGCAUGUUGGAUUUUAAAAGCGUGUGUUUUGAGUGAUGAAACCCUUUUCCGCAACCAGUGAACAGUCACGCUCUGUGGGUGGUGAGGCCAGCGCAAGUCAAAUAAUCUGACCUUCUAACACAUCAGAUGCAGGUAUUUGGGUUUACCUUUUGAGUUUAAGGUGCACAUUUACACAUAUCUGGCCCAACUGAGUAAAGUAUUUAGGCCUGAUUAAACCACAGAUCAUUUUUGAGUGAGGGUAUGAGAGUGCUUGGAACAGUGCGAGGGCUUGUUUUUUUUAUCGAUCAUGUUUUUUAUGUUAAGAUCAUUAACACUUGUUUAUAUUUUGCCAAAUGCAAUCAGGAUGAUUAAUUAGUAAUGUUAAAGCCUUCAAACGUCUCCUGCAAGAAUUCUUAAAUCUCAAGUGUUUACUGCUUGUUGCAAAUACACAUUUUAGUGUGUGUGCGUGCGUGUGCACGCGUGCGUCUGAGUGUGCAUGUGCGUGUGUGCGGAGAUGUCUUCAGGUGGAUGGUGUUGAGAAGCAUUGGUCUCGGGGUUCACAGCUAGAGUUUCCACUGCACAGCUGGGAUAUCUUCACUUUUACUUCAUGCUGAUGAGAUCUAUCCUUCAUGUGUUUGUGUAUAUCCUAACACUGAGCCGCCCUUACAGAUACAUUUACUCAAUCAUGUUAGAGCAAAGUGUGAUUAGGAUUAUGUAGCAUAUUUAUGGUGAUUUUUAAGGUCUGCUUCUUUCAUUAAAUGUGUAUUAUUUUAACCUAAUAUUUCAUUAAAAUACAGUGUCUGUAA